AUCAUCAAACAAUCUCUCUCUUAAAACAUGGCCAUCAAGAAAUCAAACAAGGUUUCAAGUCUCAACAAGAAAGUUCUUAAACAGAUCAUGGAAAGGUGUUCAAGCUUAGGAAAGAAACAAGCAUAUGAUGAAGAAGGUCUUCCUUUAGAUGUCCCAAAAGGUCAUUUUGUAGUCUAUGUUGGUGAGAACAGGAGUAGAUAUAUAAUUCCAAUUUCUUUCUUAACUUAUCCUCAAUUCCAAUCUCUUCUUCAUCAAGCAGAGGAAGAAUUUGGCUUUAUUUAUCAUGAUAAUGGACUCACUAUUCCUUGCCAAGAACAUGUCUUUCUGGCCCUAACUUCAAUGCUCAGAUAGAACAUGAACAAUCUUUUUUUCUUCUUCUUUUUUUUUUGAGAGGGGUUCAUAAUUAUUAUUAUU